AUGGCGACCGCCACAGUCACUGUAACGCCCGCCGCCACGGCCAAGACAAAGGCCACCGACCUCGCGCCCGAGAGUGAGCGAUACCUGCGCUGCUGCGCCGACGUCGCCAAUGUUCUGAUCGAAGACCACGAGGCCACCAAGAAUGGCCGUCCCAGCCGCGACAUCAACCUCAACGCCCUGCGUAAUAAGCUGGCUAAGAAGCACAAGCUGACCAACAUCCCACCUCUCACUGCCAUUAUCGCUGCCAUCCCCGAACACUACAAGAAAUACAUCCUCCACAAGCUCAUCGCCAAGCCCAUCCGCACCUCCUCUGGCAUUGCCGUCGUCGCCGUCAUGUGCAAACCCCAUCGCUGCCCUCACAUUGCCUAUACCGGUAACAUCUGUGUUUACUGCCCUGGUGGUCCAGACUCCGACUUCGAAUACAGCACGCAAUCAUACACCGGCUACGAGCCCACCUCAAUGCGGGCCAUCCGCGCACGAUACGACCCUUUCGAGCAGGCCCGCGGCCGCGUCGACCAACUCAAGUCACUCGGCCACUCGGUCGACAAGGUCGAAUACAUCAUCAUGGGCGGCACUUUCAUGUCGCUGCCCGAGUCAUACCGCGAGGACUUCAUCUCUCAGCUCCACAACGCCCUCAGCGGCUACCAAACAUCCAACGUCGAUGAGGCCGUCGAGGCCGCUGAGAUGAGCAAUGUCAAAUGCGUCGGCAUCACCAUCGAGACGCGGCCAGAUUACUGCCUCCAACCUCAUCUAUCUGACAUGCUGCGCUACGGCUGUACGCGUCUAGAGGUUGGCGUGCAGUCGCUCUACGAAGAUGUCGCUCGCGACACGAAUCGAGGUCAUACUGUUGCUGCCGUCGCUGAGACAUUUUGUCUGUCCAAGGACGCGGGUUUCAAGGUUGUCAGCCAUAUGAUGCCGGAUCUGCCCAACGUUGGCAUGGAGCGCGAUCUCGACCAGUUCAGGGAGUAUUUCGAAAGCCCCGCGUUCCGAACAGACGGUCUCAAAAUUUACCCUACGCUUGUCAUCCGUGGCACUGGUCUCUACGAGCUGUGGCGAACAGGCCGCUACCAAAACUACACGCCAAACGGGCUCAUCGAUCUGGUCGCCCGCAUUCUUGCCCUGAUCCCUCCCUGGACGCGAAUCUACCGUGUUCAGCGUGAUAUCCCUAUGCCUCUCGUCACAUCUGGCGUUGAGAAUGGCAACCUACGCGAACUAGCUCUCGCGCGGAUGAAGGACUUUGGCACCACAUGUCGCGACGUCCGCACUCGCGAGGUUGGCGUCAACGAGGUCAAGAACAAGAUCCGACCAAAUCAGAUUGAACUUGUGCGCCGCGACUACACGGCCAAUGGUGGCUGGGAGACAUUCCUGGCAUACGAGGACCCCAAGCAAGACAUCCUUGUCGGCCUGCUUCGGCUGCGCAAGUGCACUGAAAAGUACACGUUCCGACCCGAGCUCACGGCGCAACCGACAAGUAUGAUCCGCGAGUUGCAUGUCUACGGUACGGCUGUCCCCGUACAUGCUCGCGACCCCCGCAAGUUCCAGCACCAGGGCUUCGGCACGCUGCUCAUGGAGGAGGCUGAGCGCAUCGCCCGCGACGAGCACGGCAGCGACAAGAUCAGCGUCAUCUCCGGUGUCGGCGUGCGUAAUUACUAUAGGAAGUUGGGCUACUGGCUCGACGGCCCGUACAUGACGCCGGCUGCCGAGAUCCGGCCACGGCCUGCGCCGCCCGCCGCCACACCCCCAUUCCAACGUGGCAUUCCCGAGAAUCUUGUCAAGCCGUGGAAACUACCUCCGCAAAAGGUGUACAUCCUACAUAACGCCAACGUUGUAGAUGCGGCCAGAGGCACCAUCAUCCGGGGCCAGACCGUAACCCUGCGCGACGGGCUCAUCGAGUCUGUACAGCACACGUCCUGUUACUCCCGCUCCGAUCUCUCCGCUUCAGCUGAAAUCGUUGAGGUCAAUCUUGAGGGGUUAUACAUCUGCCCGGGCCUGAUCGACUGCCAUGUGCACCUUACAGCCGUGGCGGGCUCCACCUCACUGGGCUUUGACGAUGCCGACAUGGCCGUGUCGUACUUCCGGCAGCCCUUUCUGUGCGGUCAGAUGCUGAGCCGUGGCUUCACCUCAGUGCGCGACACGGGCGGCGCGACGCUCGCGCUCAAGGAGGCCAUCGCCGACGAUGUGUUUCCCGGCCCGCGCAUCUUCAUCGCCAACAAGGCCAUAUCGCAGACGGGUGGCCACGGCGACGUCCGUAAAGCGCACGAUAAGGCGGGUGGUGACUGCUGCCAGUGCGGUACACAGUCUUCCAUUUCCGUCGUGGCGGAUGGCGUGCCAGCUUGUCUCACCGCCACGCGGGAGCAGCUGCGCCAGGGUGCCGACUUCAUCAAGAUCAUGGUGGGCGGGGGUGUGGCCAGCCCGACAGAUCGCAUCGAGAACACGCAGUUCACGGCAGCUGAGAUCCGGGCCAUCGCGGACGUGGCGGACAGCUACGGCACCUACGUGACGGCGCAUGCCUACACGCCCAAGGCGAUCCGCCACGCCGUGGAGAAUGGCGUCCGCGGCAUCGAGCACGGCAACCUGCUGGAUGCGGAAACAGCGCGGUACAUGGCAGCCCACGACGUGUGGCUGACGCCGACGCUCAUCACGUACCAGGCCAUGGGCGAACCGAAAUACGGCGGUUUCCUGCCGCCAGAGAACCAGGCCAAGAACCAGCAGGUGCUGGCGCAGGGCGUAGCGAGCCUUCGCAUCGCGCGCGACGCGGGAGUUACGGUAUGUCACGGCUCCGACCUGCUCGGGCCCCUGCAGGCUGAGCAGCCGCGCGAGUUUGGCCUCCGUGCGCAGGUUCUGUCAAGCGCCGAGGUGCUGCGCGGCGCCACGGUGUACGCAGCGCGCAUGCUCCGCCAAGAGAAUACGCUGGGAGAAGUUCGUGCGGGCUUCGCGGCAGAUGUCCUGGUGCUCGCAGCAAACCCACUCGAGGACAUCAGCGUGCUGGAUGAGCCAGAGAAGAGUGUGCUGGCGGUGGUUAAGAAUGGACGGGUGUACAUGAGUCGCUGGAAGGGGUUGCCUGAAGACGUGAGACUGCAAAGGGCGAUGGAGAGAUAG